AUGUCAAGUUUCUUGAGAGAAAAUGCAGAUGUUAUCAUCAAAACUGAUCCAGAGAUACGUGCGCAUUCUCAAAUUUUAAGCGCUCGUUCUGAAUAUUUUCGUGCUUUAUUAUCAACAACUUGGGCUAAGAAGAAUGAAAAGGGAAUGUUCGUUAUUGAAUCUGAUCAGAAACAAACUGUGAUGCAUAUUAUUGUAACUUAUCUUUAUUCUGAUACGUUACUUGAAAUUGAUAAUGUUGAAUUAACAAUUGAAUUGUUGAAGGAAAGUGAUAAAUUGUUGUUAAAUGAUUUAUCAAGCAAAAUAUAUAAACGUUUGAGACUCAUUGUGCCCACUUUCUCAAGUGAGGAGAUUAUCAUUUUGGUUGAACUUUUGUUCAAAUGUGAGUCUUUAUAUUACAUAUUUGAAUCAACAUUACACUAUAUAAUGCAAGAUAUUGGAAAACUUGUAUUUGAUACCGAUGCAAAAUUCAACAAUGAGACAUUCAAAUUAUUGUUGAAGAGAGAUGAUUUAGGAAUGACGGAAAAAGAAUUGUUCCGGAUAAUUAAGAAGAAUAAUUAUGAUAUUGAUCUAGAAGAACUUU